UCCUCUCCUCCGUCAACUGGACCGGAGCCAGAAGUUCACCGCGACGCGUCCGUCGCUUCUGAUGCGGUCCCGUUGUCUCUGUCUCGUGGACUGAAGCUGAAUUGCAGCCAGGAGGAGCAGAGCUCGUAGAAAAAGCUCCCAAAGUGCGCUCUGGUUCUUUCCAUAGGCGUAAAACAAAAGAAGCGCCUCCGUAGUCGUGGCGGCGUAUGGAAAGCACUUUGUCGGUGAGUCGGUGCGCAGAGGGUCGCGUGCAGCGCGCAGGCUGUCAGUCCAUCCCUCCCAUUGGCUGCAGCAGGAUGCUCUCCGUCUCUCCCGCUUCCUUGAUCCUCAAAUGCGACUGGAGCCGACGGAGGUUCGCAAUGGAGCAGGAGACGGACCCGUCACCUGUAGACAUUUGAUAAUUCCCCGCUCUUCGCCGUCGCCUUUCGAGUGGCAACUAGAGGCAACGCGUCGCUGGAAAUAACUUUUCUUUUUCCAGGUCUUCGGGCGGGCGAGCGGCGCCCCGCGCGCCGGUAUAACGGGAUACUGCGGGCUGCAUGGAGGCAUGUCGGCAUGGCUUGCACCAGGAGAACCAAAACUUUGGUGUCCACAUGCGUGAUCCUGAGCGGCAUGACCAACAUCGUCUGCCUGCUCUACGUGGGAUGGGUCACUAAUUACAUCGCCAACAUCUACAUCAAAGUGCCGAUGCCCGUGGCGGAGAGAAAGUUGGAGGGCGACAAGCGAGGCGACACGCUGCGCAUCAUGGAGCGGCUGGAUCGGCUGGAGAGCGUGGUGAACCAGCACAUUCAAGAGACCCCAGGGAGGGGAGAGGACAGUCAGGCGGACGCCUCCUUCUCCGACUCGUCGCUCUUCGCCCACUGGGGCCAGGAGCUGGGCCCAGACCACCGGCGGGUGGCACUGAAGAUGUUCCAGUACUACGGCUACAACGGCUACCUCAGCGACCGGCUCUCGUUAGACAGGCCCAUUCCAGACCUCAGGCCCGACGGGUGCAAAAACAUCACUUAUCCUUUAAACCUGCCUCAAGUGAGCAUUGUGUUCAUUUUCGUCAACGAGGCCUUGUCGGUCAUCCUGCGGUCUAUUCACUCCGCCAUCAACAGGACGCCCUCCCACCUCCUCAAGGAGAUAAUCCUGGUGGACGACAACAGCAAUAACAAUGAGCUGAAGCAGAAGCUGCAGGAUUUCGUGUCCGAGACCAACGGCCAGCAUCCAGGCUUCAUUAAGAUGGUGCGGCACGGCAAGCAGGAGGGUCUGAUCCGGUCCAGAGUGAGCGGGUGGAGGGCCGCCACUGCCCCAGUGGUUGCUCUGUUCGACGCCCACGUGGAGUUUAAUGUGGGGUGGGCCGAGCCCAUUCUGCAGAGGAUUAAGGAGGACAGAACCCGCAUAAUCUCCCCGUCGUUUGAUAACAUCAAGUACGACACGUUCGAGAUCGAAGAGUAUCCGCUGUCAGCCCAGGGCUUCGACUGGGAGCUGUGGUGCCGCUACCUCAAUCCACCCAAGUCCUGGUGGCACCAGGGCAACAAGAGUGCACCGAUCCAGAGCCCUGCCCUGAUUGGCUGCUUCGUGGUGGAUAGGCUGUAUUUUGAGGAAAUUGGUCUGCUGGAUGAGGGAAUGGAGGUGUACGGGGGAGAAAACGUGGAGCUGGGCAUCAGGGUGUGGCAGUGCGGCGGCAGCGUGGAGGUCCUGCCCUGCUCUCGUCUGGCCCACAUCGAGCGCGCUCACAAGCCCUACACCGAGGACCUGACGUCGCACGUGCGGAGGAACGCCCUGAGAGUGGCCGAGGUUUGGAUGGAUGAGUUCAAGAGCCAUGUGUACAUGGCCUGGAACAUCCCCCUGGAGGACUCGGGGAUCGAUAUCGGCGACAUCUCGGAGAGGAAGGCUCUGAGGAAGAGGCUGCAGUGUAAAACCUUCCGGUGGUACCUGGUGAACAUCUACCCUGAGAUGAGGAUGUACAGCGACACCGUGGCAUACGGAGUGCUGAAGAACUCUCUGAAGACUGAUCUGUGUCUGGACCAGGGCCCCGACAACGACAACGUCCCCAUCCUGUACCUCUGUCACGGGAUGACGCCUCAGAACGUGUACUACACCGGUACCCAGCAGCUGCACGUCGGGCUCCUCAGUCCCACCGUCGACGACGACGACAACAAGUGCCUGGUGGACGUGAACGGGCGGCCGCGCCUGGUGGAGUGCAGCUACGCCGCCGCCAAGCGCAUGAAGCUGCACUGGCUCUUCUCUCAGGGAGGAUCCAUUCAGAACCGGAAAUCAAAGAGAUGCCUGGAGCUGGUGGUGAGCGGCGACAAUGAGUUCGGCUACCAGCUGGCUCUGCAGAAAUGCACUGGACAGAAGUGGUUCAUCACAAAUGUGCUGUUUAGCGGCUCGUGAGCGGCCGCCGGCGGGAACGGCGGGGCGGGGAGCUCGCGCCGACGGCGGCCUCCUCCGACCGCGCGCAUGCGUGCGACUGCGGAAGAACCGGAAGCAGGUGAAGAACGCGCGGUGGAGAACCGCAACCUCCUCCGAGCGGUCGGCAUCACAUCGUAAAUGUUAAACAUUUUAUUUUCCCUACGGAAUCAGCCACAGCUGGCGGAUAUUUUACAGCUUUGACAAGGUAGUUAUUCGGUAUAUUUUGUGGUAAAUACAGUAGAGCCAGAUUUUGGUUGACUUGAACGAUGUAAUGGAUCCGGUAUGUUUUUGUACUUGGUUCGUACCUGCUACCGUGUAGCGGGGUUUCUGAACGUGUCCCCGCUGUCAUUACCUUAUUUGAGUGUCUCAGGUUUGUAGGUUUAUUAUGAGAUUCGGAUGUACAGCUGCGGGAAAAUGUUGGGACAACUUUGAUUAUUUUGUAAGUGUAAAUAUCUCGAUUGUUUGUAUUCAACAGCAGUAAAAUAACUGAUGUGAA